ACGUCUCUAUAAAUAGCACUCAAAUUGAGCAUCUCUUCACUUCAAUCCCUAGCUAGUUACCACUCAAAUUAAACACAGAUCUAUUCUUUCAUUCUUCUUUAAUUUGAAGUUCAGUUACAAGAUUUUCUUUGCUCUCUCCAAUGGCCGCUGUUGAGGUUGCUCCGGUUACAACACUACCAGUGAAUGAAACAACUAGUCAUGAUCAUGAGGUGAUCAUCAGCCAAGAGACAAAGACAGAAGAGGUAGUAGUAGUGGCAGAUGCUGCAGAAGAACCGGUGACUGAAGAACCAAAGGAAGCAGCUGCAACUGAACCUAUAGCUGCAGAAGAAGAAUCAGUCACCCUUGAAGUCAAAGAACCAGCCGCUGAAGUUGAGACGUCUAAGGAAGUAGUUGCAGAGGAGGAAGCUAAAGAAGAGAGUACUACUCCAGAAGAGCCAGCAGUAACAGUGGUAGUAGAAAAGGCAGAAGAGGAGACUCCUGCGGAGAUGAAGACUGAACCUGUUGUAGUUGAGGAAACCAAAGAAGAGACUACCGAUGCACCAGCUGCCCCGGAACCGGCUGAAGAAGAAGUCACCGGUGCCGGAGAAGUAAAACCAGCUGAAGCAGAGGAGGAAGAUACCACCACAGAAGUUCCAGUUGAGAAGACUGAGGAAUAGAACUUUUAAGUACAUCAAAGUAAGACUAGUGAAGGUGGUGCGCUACCGUGAGUGCUUUCGUUUAGGUAGGUCAAUUUACAGCAUGUCAAAGCUAUUUUAGUUCACUUUUUAUUCAGUUUACUUUACUACUAUUGUGUUGUACUGUUGUUGCGCCAUUGGAGUGCUAUUGAUUUAAGUUCCAGAGAGCAUCAAUGAGUUUGAUAUAAGUAUAUUAUAUGGUGUACGGUCAUGAUCUGUGGUCUCUAGGUUUUUGAAUAAUAAUUUGGUUAGAUCCAAUGCAACCAUGUCUUUCUGUAA